AUGGAUGUUUUGGCGAGGGGCCUGUCCGAGCUGGUUCGGAGGGCAGACGAUGCCAGCGGAGGUGGCGACGAUGCAGGCCAGCAACUGCUCAAGCUUAUACAGAACCCCUUUGGCGGAGAGCUCCAAGUAAACUCCCUCUGGGCCUCCAUCGCCUCUUCGCUGGGCAUAACCGCCGGAAUCGCCAUCGCCUUCUCCUUCAUACGACCCUACAACUCCGUCGUCUACGCCCCGAAGCUCAAGCACGCCGACGAGGCCCACGCCCCUCCCCCUCUGGGGAAAGGAGUCUUCGCGUGGAUCGGCCCCCUGUGGAAGACAUCAGAGCAAGACCUGGUCCGUCUAGUAGGACUGGAUGCCACCAUCUUCAUGCGAUUCAUUCGCAUGUGCCGCAACCUGGCCGUGGUUCUGGCCAUCAUCGGAUGCUCCAUCCUGAUCCCCAUCAGUUUGAGCAAGAGCACCCGCUUUGGCAACGACGUCUGGCUGUACCUUCUCACGCCGUCGAAUCUCUGGGGCGACGCACAUUGGGCCCAGGUCGUGGUGGCCUAUCUCUUUGACAUUGUCAUCUGCGGCUUCUUGUGGUGGAACUAUAGAAAGGUUCUACAACUGCGACGCACGUACUUUGAGAGCCCCGAGUAUCAGCAGAGCUUGCACGCGAGAACUUUGAUGCUGUACGAUAUCCCCAAGGCUUUCACCUCCGACGAAGGAAUUGCUCGCAUCAUUGACUCGGUCGCACCCAACUCGUCCUUCUCGAGAACCGCUAUCGCCCGGAAUGUUAGAAUCCUUCCAGAGCUGAUCAGCGAGCAUGAACGCACAGUUCGCAAGUUGGAGAAGGUUCUGGCGGUCUAUCUCAAGGAUCCCCACAAUCUGCCAGCUGCGCGGCCAGUAUGCCAUCCGUCGAAGAAGGACCGAUCGUACGGCACUUAUCCUAAGGGGCAGAAGGUCGACGCCAUCGAAUACUUGACCGAGCGGAUAAGAGCUCUGGAGAUUGAGAUCAAGGAGGUCAGGCAGAGCGUGGACAAGCGGAACACCAUGGCCUAUGGUUUUGCCUCGUACUCUGAUAUUGCCGAGGCGCAUGCCAUCGCAUACGCGACCCGCAAGAAGAAGCCUCAGGGUGCUACCGUCUCACUCGCCCCGAGACCAAACGAUGUCAUCUGGGACAACAUGCCUCUGAAUGCGGCAACACGAAGUCGCAGAAGAUUCAUCAUCAACCUCUGGAUCGCCUUGCUGACCUUCCUCUGGAUUGCACCUAACGCCAUGAUUGCCAUCUUCCUCGUCAAUCUGAGCAACCUUGGAAUGGUCUGGCCCGCUUUCAAGUCCAAUCUGGAAUCCAACAACUCGUUCUGGAUUAUCGUGCAGGGUAUCGCCUCACCGGCCCUGACGUCUUUGGUGUACCUGCUUCUCCCCAUCCUGUUCCGUCGCCUAGCUAUCCGAGCUGGUGAUCAGACGAAGACGGGCCGUGAGCGUCACGUCACAGCCAAGCUAUACAGCUUCUUCGUCUUUAACAACCUGAUCGUCUUCUCAAUGUUUUCGGCAAUCUGGGCAUUCACCGCUGGUGUUGUCAAUCAGACGAACGAUGGCGUUGAUGCUUGGCAAGCCAUCCUGAAGCAGAACUUUGGACAGACCGUCCUCAUCACGCUCUGCAACAUCUCACCUUUCUUCAUCACGUGGCUUAUGCAGAAGCAGCUUGGUGCCGCCAUCGAUCUGGCUCAGCUCUGGACGCUGAUCUACAGCUUCUGCAUGCGGAAGAUAGGCUCUCCGACGCCUCGCGAGCUGAUUGAGCUUACAGCACCGCCGCCGUUCGAUUAUGCGAGUUACUACAACUACUACCUCUUCUACGUCACUGUUGCUUUGGCAUACGCAGGCAUCCAGCCCCUGGUGCUACCUGCUGCCGCCAUCUACUUCGCCAUUGACCUACCGCUGAGGAAGUACCUCCUGAUGUAUAUCUUCGUCACGAAGACGGAAAGUGGAGGCAUGUUCUGGCGCGUUCUCUUUAACAGAAUGGUGUUUGCCACGAUGCUUUCAAAUCUCGUGGUGUUCCUUAUCGUCUGGGUGCGAGGCAUUAACACGCAUAUCCAAGCCUAUGCUGUGGCGCCUCUCCCAUUCCUCAUGAUCGCCUUCAAGAUCUACUGCGCCAGGACGUUCGAUGAUAAAAUUCACUUUUACAGCACCCGAUUCGUUCCCCACGCGGACAACAACCUCGAGACUGGCAUCGCGGGCAAGGAGAACCUCCGCAGUGAUCGUCUUGCCUCUCGAUUCGGACACCCUGCCCUGUACAAGCCGCUCAUCACCCCGAUGGUGCAUGCCAAGGCGCAGAACAUUCUCGCGAGCGUAUAUCAAGGACGCUUGACCGAUGGACGUGACGCUGGCUCCGGAGACACCAUGAGUGUAUCAGGCUACAGCGACACCUACGCUCUCGACCCCAUGCAUGCAGGCAAGCCUGGCAAGAGCGCCGCAGGUCUACCAGGGUUCGAGGUUGUACCCGAGUCGAAAUUGGAUUUUGAAUACUACAAGAACCGAGACGAAUUCGCAGCAGACCACGGCGCAGGCGAGAUUUUCGGCCGGCCGAGCGACAUGGUGCGGCCGGGGACGCCAGGAACGAUGUUCAGCGGCGGCAGCGACUCGCGACCGGGCACGCCCGUCGGCGGCAUGGGAUUCGCGGGCUCGAGCGGCGGCCACCACAACAACAGGAGGAACUUCAGCCAGGCCGAGUCGGACAUGGUGUACACCAGCUACGCGAGCCCACCGAACCAGUACCCCGGCCAGACCCCGCCGUACGGCUACAACGGUGCGCGCGUCGGCUCGCCGUCUAACGAGUACCCGCCGCAGAGGACGCAGUCGCCGGGCCCGGUGUACGGGCUGGCGGGCGGCAACGACUCGGCGAGCAACCUGGUGCGCAACGCGGCGCCGAUGGCGAGCCCGCCGAUCCUGACGCCUGGGUCUGGGGGAUCUGGGUCCGGCUCAAGACAGGCGAGCCUGGACCGGGGCAUGGGCAUGGGCAUGGGCAUCGAGCGCCCGGGGAGCCGCGGCGUGGGGCGCUCUGUGCCGGGCGCCUUCGGCGGACUCGGCGGCGGCCCGCAGGGCUACGGCAACCUGCCGCAGAGCGAGCCCGAGUUCGACCAGGAUCCGAUGGCGUAUAACUACUUCCGCGGCGGGAGGAGGCGCGACACCGGCAACUAG